AUGAUAGGAUACAAGGGCGAGUUUCUGAGGGCGUAUCAGCAGGGAUGCAUACCUUUAGCUAAAGAACAUGUUUUCAUCAUUCUCUCUACAUCCCUCAUCAAUGCUCAUUUCCCGAACACGUUCAACGAAAUGAAACAUUCCCAAAGUCAUCGACGACAACAAAUUGAACAACACCGGCAAGCCAUAUAUCGUGACACCGACACCGACACCACUCCCAAUCCAACAGUCCUCUCGGACGCCUUUCUGGCGAGUGUAACGCCAAUAUUCACGAUUCGCCCUCCGGUCCGUAUGGCAUCGUCGUCGACAAAGAUCUAA